AUGGAGCCCGAUUUGGAGCAAUUUUACUAUGAAAGCGCACAACUUGAACACCACGAAAAUUUGCGAGGGAGCCACACAUUUUUGAGGGAAUUUUGUGAGUUUCACCCCUUUUUUUGUCGAUAUUGUAGAAUUUUUCAGUCAUCCACCCGCGAAUUGACGUCGCCGCCCGUCUUAUCGGGAUCGUCCUUCUUUUUGCGUAUUCGAUAAUCUUGAUGACCACCUUGGUAGGCAUACAAUACUUUAAAUUAAUAUUGUCGAUCCCAAUGACUGUUUUGCGUUCUGGAAAUUGUUUUAUGAAAUGUUGACGUAAAGAGGAACCUUUUUCUAGUUGACAACUUUUUUGUACGACCACUGCCUGGAGUACUGUAGCUCGGGGAAGUUGGCACUCAAAUUCGUGUGCUUUCAACUAGUCCCAACUUCAAAGAGCUACAGUACCCCAGAGAGUAGUUUUACAAAAAAGUUGUCAACUACAAAAAUAUAGUACUAAUUCUCAGCAAUAUUUUUGUAGUUGAUCACUUUGCGGUAAAACCAUUCCCUGGAGUAGUGUGGCGCUUGGAAGUGGACAAGUUUACAGAGGAAAAACCGAUAUUGUCCAUUACCAAAAGUGGUCGUAUUUCAGCUCGGCGAACUCUACGAAUUCGACUACUGGGGUGAUAUGUUCUAUGAAAAGGGAAAAAUGGGUUCGUCCGGAAUGGAUGACACGGAAACGGCGAUUGAAAUGGAUGAUGACGAUGAGAACGAGGAGGAGAUGAAUCAGAAUGGACAGGUUGGAAAUUCGGCCACCGAUUCCGACAAUAUUGGGUUUCUAGGCCACUAAGUGAAAAACUAGUCCCCAGUGGUUUUUUAGAAGAUUUUAGUGUUCCUAGGCCCAUCAAAACGUCAUACUUCAACAGAAAACAUGCCUCUUGAAGUCAUUCCAACGAAAUUUGGGUUCUUAGGCCACCAAGUUGAAAACUAGUCCAUGCAACGUUUCAGUUCGAAUGUGACACAAUCUACAUACAAUCGGAAAUGGGCGAAAUUGUAAUGAGAAAUCUGAAAAAGUGGCAAAUGGAACAGUUGGAGAAAAACGGACUGGAGGAGGAGAAAAACAAGCGGAAAAUGUUGGCGAGGAGGAAAAAGGAGAAGAGAGAGGAGGAGGAGCGAAGAAGGAAGUUGAAGACGGAAGAAGAAGCGAGAAAGAAGAAGAUGAAGAAGAAGAUGAAGAAGACGAGGAUGAUGAAGACGGACGAGGAACAAGAAGAGGAAACGCCGAAACAGAAGACGGAGGAAGAGGAGAAGAAGACGGAGAAGAAGGCGGAGAAGAAGACGGAGAAGAAGGUGACGUUCCUGCCGGUGGAGCCCACCCAAGAGGAUCCUCCAGACGACCGUGUCGAAGAGCCCGACGAGCCGAGAGAGCAGCCGACGCAGAAGCCGCAGUCAAAGUCCCGAAAAGAAGUGCCGACGCGCAAAAAGUCGGAUCGCAAUGAGAAUCCGAUGAUGACGGAGCAGCCGACGAUGGCGAUGGAGCCGGCGGCGACUGCGACGAAGAAAAUAAUGAAGGAAUGCGCCGAGGCGGCCAAGAAGGAGAGGGAGAAUGUGAGUCAAAGUAGCAUCUUGUGGUCCUAGCUUUUCUAAACAGACAGUAUUUGCUGGUUUUUGUGAGACACAUGCUUGGCCUUGCACUUACUUUUCCCUGAGAAUACUAGGCCACAAUAACGCGAACUUCCAGGCACCGGACCCGAAUAAGACGUUCCGUCAGCCGGAUAAAGACUUCCAUGACAAGGCGCUCGCCGAAUUGGAGCGGGAACUCGCAGAGUCGGUGGAAAACGAGGCGACGACGAUGAGCAGGAAGAAGAAGAGAAAGAAGAGCGAGCGGCAGACGAAGGAGAAGCGGGAGAAGGACAGUCUUUGA